GACUAAACAGCGACGAAAGCAGACAUACUGACGUUACGUGAUUAGAAGUUAAAAAUGUCUUUUCUUGAGGUUUUCUUUUAUUUUGUGGCUUUACCGAAUUUUAAAAUUUAUCAAUUAUAUUUAAUCUCGCUGGUCCAGCUGUUACCAUCUUACUAAUAAUUUUCUCUAAUUGGUUUGCGGUUUCAUCCGAUUUUACGUUUCUUAAACCAUUGAUGCCAUUCGAUGUCUUCCUUGGAAUUUAACACAAUCCCGGGACUACAUGCAAUAUAUAUAUAAAUAAUAGUAGUUUUCCUCAUCUCAUUGUGUAUGUAACUUGCGACUGUAUGCAAGCAAGUUGUACGCGAAAUAGCCCAAACAGAAAGAAUGUUGCUGCGUGCAUUGUGGAAGAUACAAGUAUUGUCUCCAUCCCGUCUGUUCUUAUCUUAUUCUUCUCUGUGUCUAUUAGGAAUCUGGCAAGGAACAUGAUAGACCACCUUCCAAGCAGUGUUUUAAGCAAUCUGAUGAAAUUGGAAGUCUUGGACUUGUCAGGAAAUCAAAUUGGUUCCAUCAAAGGAGGAGUUUUCAGCGGACUGCAGAAACUUUCAACACUGUAUCUCGGUGAGAAUAGGGUUUCAAAGCUUGAAACUGGUAGUUUCCACGACAUGCCGAGCCUGAAGCAUUUUUCGCUAGAGCAAGUCCAUCGGCAUUCUUCCAGGAGGGGGAGGGGUUUAUUAUCGUGGGGAUCUCUGCUUCUGGGAUCUGGGAGACUUAUUUUACUUACUUUCGGGGGAGGGGGACAGGGAGAAAAGGGUUUUACUACAAUUUUUACGUUAUAUAUAAAGUAUCAUGCGACACUGACUAUUUGCAAUCACAAUUUUCCUUCUUUUAUCAGGUGGCUGUCUAUCAACAUGAUCUGGGACCUUCCUCAUAAUAUAUUUCAUGGCCUCAUCCACCUUAAAGUACUCGGGCUCAGCAUGAACAAGCUGACGAAACUGAACGCCCAUUUGUUGAAAGAUGCAAAGAGUCUGCAGUUUUUGUUUUUAAAUAACAAUAACCUUACUAAAAUUGGACCGAAAUCUUUCCAAGGGGCAUCAAAUCUUGAUAUCUUGACUCUAUCUAACAAUCAUGAGCUCACGUCUUUGGAACCUGACUCAUUUAACUACAUUGACUUCGCUAACUUAUCUCUUAUAUCGUCAUUGCAUUUUAAUCAUAGCUACAUUCUACAGACAGCUCUUGUACGAGUUAAGAUGGAAACAUUUCGACAGCAGAAAAAAGUUGGACUUGUAAUAGCUCCUACGGAUAAAAUGUACACGUUCCAGGCCUCGCGUGACGAGCGACUACGAGAGGGUUUAUCACGCAAUGGCUUCACGUGUAACGAUGACGUGUGUACUCCAUGCCAUUUCGGAACUUACCAACGAAGAGUUAGUAACGGCUCCUACAUCUGUCAGAAGUGUCCUGCAGGGGGAUUUUAUCAGAAUACUAUUGGUCAUCACGGAACUCUGGCAGGGCGAACAGGAUGUCUUCCGUGUCCUAAAGGUACCUUUGUGGAGUUGGACAAGUUCCCUGCGAAAAAUCAGCUCGCUUGCCGCGUUUGUCCCGCCGGAUCUAAGACUGACGAGUGGUCGAGCUACCGUGGUUGCUUCUGCAUCAACUCGUUUUAUCGAAAAGGCCGAUUCACCGGGUGUGAAGCGUGUCCCAAGGAAGUUCGCGGGGUCCUCUGCAACGAGACUAUACUCCUCAAAGAAGGAUUCUGGUGGCAGUUUAGAGAUUACAAUGAAAGCUGGGAAUAUCAGCGAUUUGUGGACGCGUUGAUGAUACCUGACGAACAUUACAAUCACCAGGAUGUGAAUUUUACAGGACUGUUUCCCAAGCCAUACCCGUGCCCAACGGCUUCUUCCUGCUUAGGAUCGCUGAACUCCGUUCGAAAACCGUGCAAAACAGGCUAUGGGGGACCGCUAUGCGAGGUGUGCGUUAAAGGUUAUUACCAGUCCUUGUCACGAUGCACUAAGUGCCCCACCCUCCCCUGGCUGAUUACACAAAUGAUCCUCAUUGUAUGCGCCGUAUUCCUGUUCGUCUUUAUUCUUGUCCGUGACGGUAGAAAGGCCAAGUCCAAGGCACGGACACUAUCCGACGUUGUGCUGGCGCGCUUAAAAAUCAUCGUCGGUUUCUAUCAGGUCACAGCCGGUACUCUGGACGCCUUCUCGUACGUACAGUGGCCCGAAGCUCUUCUGCAACUCAGCAACUAUGCCAAGUUUUUCCAGUUGAACCUUAUCCAAAUAGCUCCUCUUCAUUGCCUCAAAGAGAGUUUGAAAAUGAAUGCAUACGUUGGACUGUUUUUAACAGUGGUCCUGAAUGGCGGAAUCGUCAUCUUGGCCCUUGUAUAUUUUCAAUGCAAGAAACUAUUAAUCAAGUUUCAGAAAGGCAUGACAGUGGAGGAGAAGAGAGAAAAAAUUUCGCUGAGCAAAGAGCAUUGCUACCGAAGCGCCUUCCUGGUCAUGUUUAUUACAUUUCCAGAGACUUGUUCCAGGAUCCUCCGCAUGCUCCCCCCUGCCUGCCACCAAAUAUGCCAGGACCUGGAGAUGAAGGACUGCACUUACUACCUGAAGAUGGACUACAGUUUGAAAUGCUUUGACAACGACUAUAAGAAAUACGUGACCGCUGCCUACGUGGGAUCUAUUUACCCUGUGCUGUUCCCCUUGUUCAUCGUGGCUGUGCUCUAUCUGCUCUACUACCGUCCACAAAUCAAAAAUCGCGCCGCCAAUCCUGACCCAAAGCGGUAUGAAAUCGUCGAAGGCAUGCGUUUCAUCUAUGAAAACUACGACGAGAGAUGCUGGUAUUGGGAAAUAGUGGAGAUGGUCAGGAAGUUGAUUCUCACUUCCGGCCUGGCCUUACUUGGCGCCGAGGGGCGAAUCUAUAUUGGUAUGGCAGCCAUGGCGUCAGGAUUCUACGCUGUUGCGCAUGCUCAAGCUCGGCCAAUCCCUGAUAAGUUUGAGCAUCUGCUGCAACUGGCGUCUCUGGUAGCAACGUUCUUCAAUUUAAGCGUUGGUGUCUUGUUGCGAAUUCCGACUGAAAUGAUUAACUACUCGAUCGAGAAGGACAAAGAUUCUAUUGGCGUCACCGUUCUGUUAGUGACAACUAAUUUCAUGGUCAUAGGACUAGUCGUCGUCCGUUAUCUUAUGUCACUGGGCCAGAGUAUAUACGAUGUGUACAAGAACCCACAAUGCAACUGGGAGUGCUGUCUGAGUGUGAUAUUAUCAGCACAGGAUACAAGCCCGAGUCUCCAGGACGGAGCAGGCGAUGGAGACAACUCGGUACCUGCCAUGGAAAUGUCUACAGACGCUGAAAACAUUGCUGGAAAAGACAUAGAAAACGACAGCGGCUUACCGGCUUGCGUAUGCGACGGGAGCGAGUCUCCUGGGGGACCCCAAAGCUCAAGGGCAAGUGGAAGUAAGAAGCGGCACUCAAGUGAAUGUUCCGCUGGUUCGUUGCUUGACACCCCGAACGAUGAUUCGAGUAAAGUUCCGGAGGUGGAAUUCAAGAAAGGUCACGGUGAGAAUGAUCACCCGGCGGCCGUGACCAAUGUAGCGGUGGACAGUGAUGAUGCCGGCCUAAAAGGAAAGGGAGCAAAGAGAAACGAAGCAAUUGCGCUUGAUAUUCCUGAUCAGACCGAUUUCGAAGCCGACACGGAAACCUCCGAGGGUGCUGUCGUAGGGCGGAGCAACGACGCUAUGGAUGUGGACGAUAUUUUGGAGACAUCUUUCUAGAUAAGCGUUCAA